AUGGGUUCAGAGCCGGACAGAGUCAUCCUCUACCACCUUCCAUCGGAAAGUAUUAGAAUCGAAUCGGACAGAGGUUGUCCGCAGGGAUCUUGCAGCAGACCGCUCUUCUGGAAUCUAGUUGCAGAUAGCUGUCUGGAACUGGAGCUACCGGAGAAUGCGAGACUGCAAGCCUUCGCGGAUGACAUAGUUUUAGUCAUAGCAGGCACAAGUAUAAAAAGCAUGCAAGUACUGGGAAAUGCAGUGCGUCAGAAGAUAUUCGAAUGGAGCAAGUUCUUUAAACUGGUCUUUAGCCCGUCAAAGAUGACUAGCAUGCCGGAGAUGAAUAUCAGAACGGACAGCCUAACUCUGCAGCUAAGAAGAACUGCCAAAGUUCUAUACGGGAGACAGCCUGGUCUCCUAAAGCGCAUCUAUGCAGGCAGCAUAGAAAGAAUGGCUCUGUAUGGCGUGGGUGCUUGGGGUAGUAGAUUAGACCGUAAAGGUGUCUGUGGCAUUAUGGGAAGGAUCCAAAGGACCUUCCUCAUAAGUAUGACCAGAGCUUACUGCACGGUGGCCACAACCACGGCGCAAACACUUAGCGGUGUCAUGCCUCUCGACCUGAGAGCAAAAUGCGAAUAUCUCAGAUUCAUGCUGAGAAACUCAAAGGGAACCCUGAUCAAUCAGGAACUACCGUGUGAUGUCGAUCAAUAUGAAACACCAAUUGACAUAUGGGCGUACCACCCGGCCCAAAGACCUAGUGUCCCCUACGACAGUGAGAGACCAACUGGCAGAGGAAUUGAAAUAUUUACUGACGGUUCAGGGAUGGAUGACAGGAAAGGUGCAGGAGUGGUAAUUCUGGAAAAUACGGAGUUAAAAGAUGCAAUUAUCGAGAGGCUCGAUAAUGAGAACUCAGUCUUUCAGUCAGAAAUGGCCGCAAUUCUGAAGGCUCUUCAAUGGUUCAACAACAACGAAGCGAAGUUCAGCAACAUCUACACAGACUCCCUUUCAUCACUUCAAGCCCUGAACGAUGUUAAUAACAAAAGUAAGCUUGUAAACAAAGCAAAGAGAGAAUAUAAUAAGCUCACGAGCAAGCAUUGUCACGUGAGAUUGCACUACGUAAGGGCACACAUAGGCAUAGAAGGUAACAAGUUAGCCGACUAUGCGGCAAAACUCACCCUCAAACUACCCCACCGCACUCUUGCCUUGCGAAAGCCGUUCUCACUCCUUAAAAAACAACUAAGGAACAGAGCUAUAGAGGAAUGGCAAGAAAGAUGGAGCAACCAGAAGACGAAAGGUAGAACUGCAGAGAAUAUUAUCAAAAAGGUGUCCACUAAGACCUGCAUUGGUAAUGAGUUUUGCGUCCAACUCAUUACAGGACACGGAAGGUUUCCAUCAUACCUUCAUAAAAGAGGCUUUCCCAUCAGUGAAAACUGCAACCUAUGCGACGUAGAAGGUACAGUAGAGCACUACAUAAGGGAAUGCUCUCUAACAGAACAGCUUAGGAGGAAACUUGCAAAAGGUGAUAACACCUUAAGUGGAAUCCUCUUAAAGGAAAGUAACAAAAAGGUGCUGAUUGACCUCAUGAGACAAGUGGCUGACCAUGUUGAGCAGGUAGCUAAGUAA